AUGGAAUUUGCAAAUUCUCUUUUCCAAGUUCUUUUCCCUGCCAGCCGGUAUGUGGAUUCGAGAGGUGCUGCUGAAUCACCAGAACAACAGCAUCAACAACGAGAACAGAAGCUACAGCCUAGCGCCGAGAAUGAGAGUGGAGCAAUAAGCAGUAGCCUGGCACGGUCAGAGGCCGUGAGCCCUACCCAAGAGACAGACGAGCUCCCUGUAGGCGAGGCUAUUCCAGAAGGAGAGCACAUCCGCACACUUCGAAUAUACUCUUUAACAUCAGAUUCUGUUGCCCCGUCGUUAGGGGAACAAGGGAAAAGCCCUCAAAGGCCUCCUGUUUCAAGUGUGUCGGGCGCAGCUGAGGGCCUCCGUGAAGUACAUGUGCUGCGGGUAUUUCGUAACCCUGAUGUAUUGAUUGCACCUAGCCUCUUGACACAGCCCCAAUGUCGUCAUCUCUUGCAUUUGGCAGAGGGUAAGUGGGAGAGAAGCAAGACGAGCAUUGGUUUGACCACAACCCCGCAGACACAGUACAGGACCUUAAAAAGCAAGACUCGCACCUCAAGGUCGGUGAUUUUGCAGCCGUCCCAAACCCCUAUCGUGCAUUCAGUGGAGCUCUUGGCAUGCGCCCUCGCACGCCUCCCCUUGCAACACCUGGAGGGACUUGUCCUCGUCCGUUAUGAUGAGGGAGAGUACUUCAAUGAGCAUCAUGAUGGGAAUUUCAGACCCAAAACAGUCCUCCUCUACCUCAAUGAUGUGGAUGAAGGUGGCUUCACACACUUCACGCGUCUCGGCUUGAAGAUAAGCCCCGCGGAGGGCACCGGUGCAGUGUGGGACAACAUAACGCCUAACGGGGCCAUGGAUUUACGGACGCUGCAUGCGGGGGCUUCCCCAACUCGAGGGACGAAAUUUGUCGUCAAUUGCUUCUUCAAUGAAACGGUGGUCCGGCCUGCAGCGCCUCCACUUCCUCUCUCGCCUCAGCGUCCCUCUCUUGCAGUGCCUGUAGCACGCACUUGCGGGAAUGCGACAGCGCGCAGUACUCCAGCAGAAACUUUGGCAACAGUUCAGGUGGAGGGCGCUGAACGUCCUCCUACAUGCUCACGCAUGCAGUUGCCUACGGGCAGCAGGGUCUGGGAGGGUCAUACCGGGUUCCAUCCAAUUCCGAGGAACGCGCAACACAUUUUAUACACUCCUUGCGAGGUAGCCGGUUUGCCUAUGCCCGUCUCAGCACGGGGCCCCGCCACAUGGGACCCCUCGGGGGUGUCCCUAAAAUAUAUGUCUCAUCCCCUAGGGGGGGGGCCCCCUGCGCCCUUUGGGUGCCCUUCAUCUGCAUGGCGCAUGCAUGGGGGCGUAGCGCUGCCACCAGGUCGGCGGUGGUUGCCAAAUUGGCCAGCGAAAGGCUCCUAG